AAUAUUAAUAGAUAUAUUUCACACUGCACAUUAUUACAUGAAAAAAUAAUAUUAUUUAAGCAAUUUAUUUUUUUCGCCAUUUUUACGUGUACUCAAAUAUUUGAGUAAAAUGUUUAGAUAAUAUAUCCAAUAUGAGUUCAUCCCCAGCCAUCGAGGCUUCUACCCCUACCGCUACCCCAUCCUCCCCAGCGCUAAAAGCACCAGACUACCACUUCCAGACUUCAACGCCGAGCUAUUACAAGAAACAGCAUCAACCACUGAGCGUUGUGUUAUCAGCAACCGCGCCAUCGACACCACCUACUUACGGGGAACCGACGCUCACGCCGCCCCCGCGGUCCCCAGGCGCUCCGCUAGCGACCCCGGCCUCUGGUGACGGGAGGGCUCACCCUCCAGACGGGACAUCCUCAGAUAAGUCAUCAGAAACAGCAGUGGGGGGCGUGUCGCGUACGGCAAGCACAGCGCUCUCACGCAAAGAGAGUUACAAAGCGCAGAGGCAGCACUACAGGAAGGAGAAGAAGAGGGCAGCCUCCGCGCUCCUGCAUUCGAUAGAGGAUCCAUCGGUCGUCGUACUCUCGGAUUGGCUGAAGGUUCGUGGGUCGUUGAAGUCAUGGACGAAACUCUGGUGCGUCUUGAAGCCCGGUCUACUGCUUCUCUAUAAGAGCCCUAAAGCUAAAAGAAGUCACUGGGUCGGAACUGUUCUGCUGACGUCCUGUCAGGUUAUAGAGAGACCGAGUAAGAAGGACGGCUUUUGUUUCAAACUCUAUCACCCCCUCGAGCAGAGCAUCUGGGCUCCGAGGGGCCCCCAUAAUGAGACGAUAGGUGCAGUGGUCCAGCCCCUCCCCACAGCGCAUCUCAUCUUCAGGGCCCCCUCCCAAGCGGCUGGACACUGUUGGCUGGAUGGACUGGAAUUGGCGUUAAGAUGCAGCAACGCUAUGCUCAGAUGCUCCCGGUCGAAACCGGAACAGGCCGUGGAAGAUGCCCCCGCUUCACAGACGAACAUCUCCCACGAAGAACUGGAGAAGCACUUCAAUGAACAUGAGUUAGCAGGUGCAGCGUCGGACACGGAUAGCGAGGGCUCCAGACCAGGGAUGCAGGACAGUCAGAACACGGACGAUCAGGGGUUGAAAAAGGAAGACGUUCUAGCUAGGAUAGACAGCUUUUACGUUGAAGAUCCAGACAUUGAGAUUGGUGUGGCAGGCGAGCUGGUGGAAGAAGUGGCUGAAGAAAAUAAAUCGUUGCUAUGGUUUCUCUUGAAGCAAGUGAGACCAGGUAUGGAUUUAUCGAAGGUGGUUCUCCCGACGUUCAUAUUGGAACCAAGAUCCUUCCUCGACAAGCUAUCUGAUAAUUAUUAUCACGCGGACUUGUUGGCACAAGCGCAAUCUAUAGAAGAUCCCUACCAAAGAUUUAAAGGGGUACUGCGAUGGUAUCUAUCGGGGCUCUACCGUAAACCGAAAGGGCUGAAGAAGCCCUACAACCCAGUACUGGGCGAGACGUUCCGGUGUUGCUGGCGACAUCGGAACAACGAAACGUACACAUACUAUGUUGCUGAACAGGUAUCCCAUCACCCACCGGUCUCCGCUUUUUAUAUAUCUAAUAGGAAGGAGGGCUUUGUCAUAGAGGGCAGUCUCCUGGCGAGAUCUAAGUUUUAUGGCAACUCAACGUCGGCUAUACUAGAGGGCUGCGCGCGGAUACAUCUCCUGAACUGGGGGGAGACGUACAUAACCACGGCACCGUACGCGCACUGUAAGGGCCUCGUGAUUGGAACACUCAGCAUGGAGCUCGGUGGCAAGAUACAUAUAAUAUGUCAGGAGACCGGCUAUCAAGCGGAUGUUGAAUUUAAAUUAAGGUCCUUCCUCGGCGGUGCUGAUCAAACGAACGCCAUAUCCGGUAGGAUAAAGCGCGGGAAGGAUACCGUCGCGACGGUCGAGGGGUACUGGGAUGGAAAAAUUGAUAUCAAGGAUAAGAAAAGUGGGGAAGAAACGAAUCUUUUAGACGUCGCGAUAUUGAGGGAGCAGAGGUUGCCGAGAUUUCUCGUCAAAAUAGACAGGCAGCAAGAGUGGGAGUCGCAGAGGCUCUGGAUCAAAGUCUCCGAGGCGAUACACAAUGAGGAUCAGGUGGUAGCUACUGAACAAAAGACAAUAAUAGAGGAGGCGCAGCGCGCUAGGGCGAGGAGUCUUCUAACGCCGUGGAUACCAAGGCUGUUCCACCGGGACUCUAGAAGCAGUCCACCAGAAGGUAUAACGGACCAGGGUUGGAAAUAUAACCAUUCAAAUACGAGUCCAUGGCAACCGGAAGAAUUGAUAGAAUACGAAGACGACUUUGUAAUAACGACGGUGAAGAACGUACCGAUGCGCGGCCCGGCCGAGGCGCGGAUACGGGAGCUGGCGCCGAGGUCCGACUCCGACAGCCACGACGACCUCGCGAGGAGGUCGAAGACGUCCACACGAACUCUAAAACAGACACUGUACGCUAUCGACGCCUCGUUACGCGAACAGAGCUUAGUGUUGGAGCGCUUGACGAAAAACUUCGAAACUUUGUCGGAGAGCCAGCGAGCCGCGUCAUAUCGUCCACAGAGCGUAGGCAGGGUCCCGACUUCGAGCCACUCGUGGGACCUGUUCGGCGGAUUCGUUCUAGCGAUGGUGUUGCAAGCCUUGUUAAACUGGAUAUUCUACCAAAAAGACUGAGUGUUGCCACUUAAAAAUAAUAAUACAUCGACCAAAUUUAGUUUAUCGAACUGUCUUUUUGUCUGUCGCUUGAAUUGAAUUUGAUUCUUGCUUAAUAUUGCAAUAUUUAUAUUUUAAAAUAAUUGUCAUAAGUUGAUUUUAAAAAUGUUUAUAAUUAAUAAAACUUAGUAUCUAUACGCAAUUCCAAUCGAAGGAAUAAAGAUAAAAAAAACCAUAGAUUUACAUAUUCCACGCGACUCGCUAAUACCUCUGCUGUAUUACGCACUACGAACAGUUCUCGAUUAAUACAUCUCUAUAUAUAACACAACACUAUUACACUCGACUACUUAAUAAGUACAUUACACUUAACUUAUAUACGCUAAAAUAUUACUGCCAAAGUUCCGAUUAUAACAUCGCUGACAUUAAAAAUGCAAUUUUUUUCGCGCACCCAUAAUGAAUAUCACAUCAAGCUCUCGGCCAGUGGUAUCACGUCAAUUUAAUGUCAAAUUUGUUGAUUUGUCUUUAUUCCUCUUGAGGUUGAUAGGCUUUAGUUUUAUCUUUUAUAAACAUUUCUAAAUAAACUACAGAUAAUUAAUUUUAUUGAACUCAUAACAGUUAGGGUUGCCAGAUGUUUUAAAUUAAACACGGACUGUUUGGACGCAGCUGAACACUGUCCGAUGUUUAAAAAAAAGAUAAAAAUAUAUUUAUAUUACUAAAUUAAAUAACUUUAAUUAUUAUAUAUAAAUAAUUUUAUAUGUCUCGUUAUAAGCUGAUAACACAAUCAGACAGAUACAAUAUUAAAAUAACGGAACUGUGUGUCAAUACUGGACACCCUAUAACCUUGAUAAUGUAAUAAUUAAAACAUUCUUAAUAAGAUACAUAUAUGUUACAUAAAUAAAAAAUAAUAAAUAAUACGAUUUUGGAUCGUUCCUUUGUGUGGACAAAACGCCGCGUCAUCACCUCCCGUCCCGGACCGCAACACCUCCGCUCUCGCCCUACAGAUAUAUUGGUUACAACGGAAGUUUUUAUCUAAAACAAAAGUUAGAUGAAACCUCGUUAUUAAAUCAAUGAAACAAAACUCGAGUCAAUCAAUCGGUGCUCAAUAUAUCAAAUAGGUGGACCGGUGUCGUUACCGUGAACGCACCCAUUACCCCCUCGUAUUAUUUGUUAUUCUCGUGAUGAUAGGAUCCUCUCCAUAUUUGAAUUACGUAAUAUAAUGUAUGAAUUUAAUAUUUCUCAACAUAAACAACUUCGUUGCUAUAGCAACCGGCUUGAGUCAGCUUAUUUUUUGUUAUGGCAAUAAAAUUAACUAUUAUUAUAGAAAUUAUAUAUACAUAUAUAUAUAUUUAUAUAUGCAGUAAGUGACACAGACAGUCGAAAGGACAAAUUUCAACACGCCUAUGCUUUCCAAAUGUUUAAAUGUAUAUAUAUAAUUUUUAGCUAAUUAUAUGAAAUAAAUUGAGCUUGAUGCGUUUCGUCUAUGGAAUACGAUUCUGUGUUGACAUAAAUUAAAAUUCAUUUCUUAUAAUAUGUAAAUGAAUAUAAACUUUAAAAUACUUAAAACAUAUAAAUUAUCUGUGAAAUGUCCAUAAAGAAGCCAUAAAGGUUUUAAAAAAUAUAGUUUUUUUUUUAUUCGUUUACAUCUUGUACGAAAUGGAUUUUUUUUUUGAUUGAUUUUUAAGACACUCGAAUUGUAAUCUCUAUUAUAUUUUUUUUUUAAUAAUAAGUUUUUUUUCUUCGUAUAUUAAUUAGUUGAUCUAUAUUGCCAUUAAAUAUUAUAACGAGGUUAAUACAAUAAUAAAAAAGACAUCUUAAUUAUAUAAAAAUAAUGUAUUAUUAUAUACAGCUUAAAAUCAAUAAUAUUUUAUCUGUUAAUAUACAAAAUUAGUCGUUCAUUCAAUCAGUAGUAUUUCAACCAUCAAAGUCAACCAAUCAAAGAUGGCGUCGUGUAACAGAACAUGAUCAUGUGUGCGUUAUUUUAAAUUUAGAACGCGUAUAUUUUUUUUUCUACAAUUUAUUUAAAUAUGUCGUCGGCACUACCAGUCGCGGCUUUGGAAAUUAAAAAGAAAUUGAGCUAGUGUGUUUUCGUCGUCACGUUUCUCGAUUAUCAAAAGUUGAAUUCUGAAGAUCUUUAUAAUUAAAAAAUCGCAAAAUCCCUUAUUUCGUCUCGAUUAAUAAUACUUUGAAGUAUAUAUUUAAUAAUAAAGCUAUUACCGUUUAUUAAGGACAUUAUGUUUAGUGUGUGUACUAAUAUUAUAAAUUCGAAAUGCGUCUGCGAACUCUGUCUGUAUGAUACGCUUUAACGGCUAAACCAUUUGAUACGCAUCAAGUAGAAACUCCAAGCCGGACAUGGUUCCUAACAACUGCCCCACCCCUUCAAGCAAGCGCUUUAAUUUUAUUAUAUAUCAUUAAUUUUAUUAUCUGUUACUAAGUGACAGCGAUUCCUAGUGAAUUUUAAAUUCUAUAUAAAGUCCUCAUUCCCUUAUAAAUAAUAUAUGUAAAUACUACCCAAGUCCAUACUCUGAUAAUUCCUGACCUAUGAUUUUAUUUAUGUAUAUUAAUAAAUUGAUUUCGUUUUGUAAGCAUUGUUAUAUAAAGAUGAAAUGUUAUUGGUUUUAAUUGUAUAUAAGCGAAUUCAUUUUUUACAUAUGUAUAUAUAUACCAAAAUUAUGCUGUUAAGGUGACAAUUCUGUGUCUUCUUCUUUCGUAUGUCAAAUCAAUGAUGAGAGAAAGAGAGAAACUGUUUAAAAAUCCGCUAAACAACGUCCAUAAGUAAGACCGUUGAUUAUUUAUUUCGUUUUAAAAAAUCUAAAUAAUUCAUGUAUCUCAUUUUCAGUUAAACACUUGUUUUCACUCUUUCCGUCUUCAUUGAUUUCAUAUUUGAAAGUAAGAGACACAAUUGUUUGACUCAUCGCACGCUAAACAACACAUAUAAUUAAAGUCUUAUAAUGUCGUUUGUCAAUUUCGCUACGCGUGUCAGGUUUUGUUUAUUAAAAAAUAAAAAUAAAAUUGUGAAGUCGUAAACAAACAAUUUCGAUUUAUAUCACGUAGGUUCUUAAAAAAAGAUAAAAUUAAUAUAAUUUUGUUAUAUUUUCUUUAUUUGAAAAUACAGUCGGCGGCCAUUUGCAUUUUUUGAGCCGCGACGGCUUAUCAAAUAUCUAGGUUAAUAUUAAAUUCGUUUUGUGUGAUUGUGAACAAAAGAAUCAACAGCUUUUCUGUAGUUAAUAAUGCACUUUAUACUGCGAAGCCAUUUAUCUUGUCAUUGCUAAAUAAAAAUAUAAUUUUUAUAGUAUAAUAAUUUUAAAUAAUCUUUUUUCUUAUUUUAAUUUUGGCGGCAAUUCUAAUGUCAAGUUUAGAAAUACAGUGUUGCCAGUCCUAAAAUCCAUUCGAUGGGAACUCUGAGGUAUUGUAGUCGAAACUUUUGGUAGUGUUCCGUCGAUAGCAAUGGUGUUGCCAUUAUCAAAGUAUUAAUUCCUACUUUAUUGUAGUUAAUAAAAAUUAUAUUUCUUUUCGUUUGUUUUUUUUUUCUUUAAUGAAUAUUUGUCAAUAUUUAUAUAAAUUUCGCGUCUAUAUAAGGAUCAUUAGAUUGUUGAUAUUUUGUUGUUUUAUUCAUUGAUUAUAUAUUUUUUCCAAUUU